GCGAGAAGUAGACCCUCCGGAGACUCGCGAGAAAAGGCCGCCGCCAAGAUGGCAGACUACUGGGACAUCCCGGAGGGCACCGAUUGCGCCCGAAAGACCUGGCUUACGACGCGCCUCGGGGCCAUUAUCGGUCUGGUGGGGUCUGCUUACCGUGUGACCCUGUUCCCGUCCGAGACGACCCUGGGGGCUUUUCAGAGGGCGACCACUGGAACCGUCCUCAUGGCCACCUUGGGGGCCGUUUUUGGGGUCACGACUUGCCUCAGCGCCCAGCUCCGAGAAGACCCAGAGGACCCAACAAACUACUUUAUCGGAGGCUGCGCCUCGGGCGCCAUCUGGGGAGCCAGAGCCCACAGCUUCGCCACCGGCACAGCCGCCUGCGUGGGCCUGGGCGCGGCCGCCUUCCUUGCCAAAGUCGGCAAGAAGGAAGACUGGUGCUGGCUGCAGACUCGCAAAGACUGAACCCGGAGCCGCCCUCUCCGUCCUCCAAGCGCGGCGCACGAUCGCCACCAACCACAUCCCAGGGCAUGGACUUUAGCGGGAAAUCCUGGCGCCCGAAAUCCCGGGGCCGUGAGCCAAGUGGCCCGAGAGAAUCUUGUCCUGCAAAUAAAAGCGUUGACCAUU